CAAAAAGAGCUUAUGAACAGUUCAAAGAAAUCACAGUCUAUUAUCAUUUCAGCAAGACAACAACAUUUACACUAUGAGUGUACUGUAACUUAGCUAAAAUGUGCUUUCUUAUCGUUACUCUUAUACUUGAGACUCGCUCAUCUCAUUUAAAAUGCUGCGGAAUAUUAACGAGAGCACAGCUGAUAUUAUUAUCGCAGUUUAUUUUCAAGAACAGAGACACCGCGAAGUGUUUACGCUGUAAUUUCCAUUUAAUAUGUGUGGGCAAUCAUGGCUUCCAUUAAAUAUUUUUCACUAACUAAUUCAAUCUACUGGCUGGCAUUAUUCUAUUGUUUAAUAAAAGGAAGAUUGAGCUGCUCUACGCUGGUCAACGGUGAAACCAUUGAAAUCGAAUUCAAUGAUCAACAACAACGUAAGAUUACCCUGACGGGAAUGUGCAAUAAAAGCUGGGCCGGUGAGGAGUACUAUGCGUUUCGUGGUAUACCGUACGCCAAGCCGCCUGUGCAAGAGCUAAGGUUCAAGGAUCCCCAACCACUUGAUGAAUUACCCAGCUACAUCGAUGCGCGCUACGAUGGCCAUGAUUGUCCGUCUAUUUACGCCACCAAUGCCUCCGAGGAUUGCCUCACGCUCAAUAUUUACACACCAACCAAUAUUGAAGCCGCCAAGUUGCCAGUACUUUUGUUCAUACACCCUGGUGGUCUGUAUAUUGGUUCCUCGCUAAGUACCUUCAUCAGUCCCGCUUAUCUACUUGCCAAGCCCGUUGUGUUGGUAACAUUCAAUUAUCGUCUGGGUACGCUCGGUUUCCUGCAACUCGGCACACGUGACAUACCCGGCAAUGCAGGCUUCAAGGAUCAAGUGCAGGCUAUGCGUUGGGUACAGAAAUAUAUACAACACUUUGGUGGCAACCCCGAAGACGUCACGCUUAUGGGUUAUAGUGCUGGUGCCCUGAGCGUUCAGUUACACUUGGUCUCACCCAUGUCGCGUGGACUUUUCCACAAGGCCAUUAUAAUGAGCGGCUCGCUGCCACCGCAGGCAAUAUUGCCACAUCAUACACAAUUGGAAUUGCUGCGCAAACAAGCGCGUGUACUUAACUGCACGGAAGUAGCGGUUGAAGCGCAGUUAUUAAACUGUUUUCGAAAAUUUAACGGUAAUGAAAUCGCUGCAACGCUACGUGGCCUUUUCGCGUUCGGCAAGGAUAAUCCGAUUUACAUAUAUUUACCGGUUAUUGAAGCUGAUUUCGGUCAGGAGCGUUUUUUAACUGAAAAUCCAUUUGAAAGUCUGCAAAGUGGUGAGUUUGCCAAGGUGCCUAUACUGAUCGGUUUUACAAGCGGUGAAUUUUGUCAGUCAGCUGUGGAUAUUUUUCGAGAUUCGAAACUGGAACGCAGUUUUUAUGAAGAUUUUCAAACGCUGGCGCCAGAAAUAUUUAUGUACGCUGGCUAUAAUGGCAGUUUGAGUGAGAUUAGCGAAUCAUUGCGGCAGCACUAUUUGCCAAAUUUUGCGGGGCUGGAUCGUACGAAUUUGGCGCAUUUGUGCGACCUCUUCUCGGAUGCGAUUAUUCGCUUUGGCGCACAACGUUUAACCGAGUUAGCUGCGCCACACACCAAAAUCUUUCCCUACAGCUUUGAAUUUAGUAGCGAGUUUAGCAAUCUGGACUAUCCUCUUCGGCCAGCGCGUGUCGAACACAUGGAUGAUUUAAUGUAUUUAUUCGAAAUGAAUGCCAGCAACUUUAAGCGAAACGAUUCCAGCACUGCAUCCAUGAUUCGACAGUACACAAAAUUCAUAUAUGAAUUUGUAAUAGCUGGCUCAUCGCUUUUUGGCAAGCUCCCCACUUAUCCCACAGGGUACACAAAAAUAGGCCGUUCACUGGAAUUUCAACCGGGCUACAAUUUCGCCAAGGAUAUCUACGAAAAGUGGAAACGCUUGUUUCAUUUAGAUAAUAACAAUAAAUGAAAUUGUGAAAACUUAACUUGAAGCAUGCUUUCAUAUUAACUUUAUUCUAUAUUAUUAUGUGCGCCAUUUUGAAUUUUUUUUUAUUUUUAUUCUGACUCAUCAUCAUUUGAAGCGAGCAAUGCGCCCGCAUAAUUCAAUUACGUCGCUGUGGCUCAGUCAACUGUCAAUGAUAUGAACUCUGACGCCAGAGGAGCAGAUUAAACCAAUACAUAUGUAAGUGUUUUCGCAUAUACCUAACGGCUAUUUAAAGCUGCCCCGUGCUUGCACAUGUAUAUGUGUCUAUAUGCAAAGUGUCUGCGCGCACUUCAUUUAAUUUUGAGUUGCUUAAUUGAAUUGAGCACCGAAGGUGAUUAAUUAAGCAAAACGAUUGGGGAUUUCAAGGGCUUUAAGCGUUGAGUUGUGAAAUUGGCGUUUGAAAUGUAUGGCAAUAAAAUUUGUU